AUGUUCCCUCUUGCCAAGCUCACUGUCCUUGCUUCCACCCUUUCGUCCGCUCUUGCAGCCGUUGUUCCUCGCGCCGGGCCUCCGCCUGCGUGGAAUACACCAUUACUCGAGCGGGAAGAGAAACCAUCAUCGAGGCUCGCAGCUUGCUUUCCAACUUCCCCUGGGAUUGAAACGGACCAAGGACCAUCGGUUCCGGCGGAAGGUGGUUCGCAGCCCGAAGAAGAGUGCGAUAACGAGGCGGAUGAAGAUGACUAUGAAAACGAGGGCGCGAGGGCCACGCGAUCCGUUACCGACGACCCCGAAGGCGAAUCCAAAUCCACUCUUGACCCCUCCACUGCGCCUGUUGAUUCUGCGAUGGCGGAGACUGAAAGACCGUCCUAUGUAUCAGCGUCCGCGAAAAGCGCUGCUGUCAAGGUUUACGAAGGUGGAUUUGCCACCUAUUACUAUCAACACGGGGUUGCUGGAGCCUGUGGCAAAGUCCAUAGUGACUCUGACAUGAUUGCUGCUAUCGAUGGUCACCGCUACGGGAAUCUAAAUGCCAUCUCCCAUGAGUGCGGUAAACGGGUGAAGAUCACUAACCUCGAGAACAAGAAGACAGUAACAGUCAUGAUCGCUGACGCCUGCCCCACCUGCACGAAUUCAAAUUCGAUCGACUUGUCUGAAGCAGCUUUCAUGAAGAUUGCGGACCUCGAGAGGGGCAUUGUCAAGAUUUCAUGGAGUUAUGUAUAA